GAGUGUGUGUUUCUGUGUGCAGAAAGAUAUCGCUGAAAAAAAGAACCGGAAGAGAAGAAAUAGCAGCGCAUUCUCAAACACACUUUCUGGAUCUCCAGCUGUCUAAGUUCCUCUUCUGUCCAUAACCGAAGGUCCCUCUCAUGGGCAAAGUGAAGGGCAAGUCUGGGCCCUUGGCUCGGAGGCCAGACAACUCCGCUUUCAAACAGCAGAGGUUACCUGCAUGGUCUCCCAUGCUAACAGCUAACACCGUGCUGCCCUUCUUCUACUUAAUGUCUUUGAUAUGUAUGCUGCUGGGAGUAUGGCUGCUCCUUACAGUGCAGAGCACCCAGGAAAUAAAGCUGGACUACACAGAGGCGGGGACAUGUGACAUUUGUUUUGAAAAGCGUAAAAAUUCUAGCAAUGCAGCCCAACCUUGUAGCUGCACACUUGUGUUUCCCAUUAAGAAAGCAUUGAAGGGAGAUGUCUUUUUUUACUAUGGCCUCCAAAACUUCCAUCAGAACCUCCGCAGAUACAUGGACUCCAGAGAUGAUGGACAGAUGGUUGGUAGGAAGAAAAACUUAAAGAACCCCAGUUCAUACUGCGAGCCAUUCAUGAAGGACCAAAAUGGUCUCCCCAUUGCCCCCUGCGGGGCUGUGGCCAACAGCAUCUUCAAUGACUCCUUCAUUCUGACCUAUCAUGGUUCUAGUGGUCCUUCAGUUCUGGUCCCUCUGUUACGGAAGGGCAUCGCCUGGUACACAGACAAAAAUGUCAAGUAUCGCAACCCAAAUAAUGACAACAUGACCCUUGUUCAAGCAUUUGAAGGCACAGCACAGCCUCUGUACUGGCAAAAGCCUGUGUACGAGCUCGAUCCCCUCGACCCGACCAACAACGGCUUCAUUAAUGAUGACCUGAUCAUAUGGAUGAGAGAGGCAGCCUUCCCCAACUUCAAGAAGCUCUAUGGGGUUUUAUACAGAGCCAACCAGCCCUUUACUAAGGGUCUGCCAGCAGGGAAUUACACCAUCAACAUAUCCUACAACUUCCCUGUGCAGUACUUCCAAGGCAGAAAGGAAGUGGUGCUGACCACGCUGACCUGGUUUGGAGGUCAGAACCAUUUCCUGCCCGUUGCUUACCUCGUAACCAGCUGCCUGACCCUAUUGAUGGCCGUCAUUCUCACUGUGGCAUGGUGGAAGUUUGGGAAAAAUGGAAAAAGAAUGGAAGAAUGAAGGGGUAAGACGUGCACUGGGAGGCUGAGGAGUGAAAAUCUCACAAGCACCUGAAAGUGAUAAUUGUCAGACAACUAAUCUGAAAUGACAAGAACAUUGAUACCAGCACAUGAAGGAGAAUGGUUAAAGCAAAUUAGUGUUUGCAGCCAAUGAAGAAUUAAGUUGGAAAAAUAACUUUCCCCAUCAUUUGAGUUGUUUUUAUGUUGCUUUGAAGAACACAUUGAAACCUAGGGGUCUUAGCAGAGGCUUCAAGCUUUCUUUGAGGUAAUUUUACUUGAACCUUUGCAUGCUUUUAAAACACACCGUUAUGCUAAUGUACUGUAAUUAUUUAACAUGAUGUAUUAGAAUUAUUACAUUUAGAACUAAAGUCACUGUGGUGUUAAGGCUGUAUUUCCGGUUUCACCGAAUGCUAAGUGGAAAUUUUGAAUAAAAAUAAAAUACAGAACACCAACUGUAAUUCUGAUUCUUAAGCUAAGUUGUGGAUACGGGUUAUUAUUACAGCACAACGGCUAGCCAGUGCCAAUUCUCAAAAUGAAUGUUUAAUAGCACAAGAUAGCCAUGCUAGCAGCUCUGUGCUAAAUGCUAACAUGUCUGUAAUACUUUAUGAAAACAGCUGAAGAUAGUAAUAAAACAUUUCCUGUUUAAAAA